AAAAGAUGUGAAAUUAGUCAUUUCCUGAUACUAACUAAGAGGAAGCAUUCAAUCAGGAAGUAAUGUUUUAAGUCUGUCAAGUGUCAAGCUGUGUUUUGAGAACAACUCAUCGACAUAAAACAUACGAACAAAGAUCAUAUGAAUGCCACAAUGGAAGUUGAUUUGGCCUUUUUGAAGUCCACAAAAGGUCUACUGAAAAUAGCAGAAAUGGUGUGUGUUUUUGUGGCUUUUGUGUGUUAUGCAGUGGCUUCUAGGCCCCCAUACAUUGCAGCAACAUGCAUGGAGUUUUUCAUCACAUUUGGAUUUCUUCUGCUCUACCUACUGAAACUCAACAAGAUGUUCACUUUCUUCUUCUGGCCCCUUAUUGAUGUGUUCAACUCAUUCUUUGCAGCUACACUGAUGUGUAUUCUUAGCCUGGUAGCAGUUUCUACGUACACAGUGAAGGGCACACUGAGCGGAGGGAUUGUGGGCUUUGUGGCUGCAGCCGUUUUGUCUUUGGAUGGCUAUAUCCUUUUCAAAAAAAUCACAUUCAACAAGCCAAGAACCACCACAGAGGCCCAAACAGGGGGAAAUUAAAGCUCUGCAGGACCAGCUCUCUCAUUUUGUGAACGGACCAUUUUCACCAAAAUAAGAUUGUAAAAUACUUGUAUAGUAAUAAUGCAUUCACGUCUUUCA